AUGGCAGCAGCGGCGGCGGAGUCUUGGAUCAAGGCCACGGGAGUGCCGCUGCUGGAAGCCAUGAAGCAGAUGACGCUGCAGCAGGCGGCGGUGCAUUCGGGCGGCCUCAUCGCGGCUACCGUGGUGGGCGUGGUGGCGGGCCUCAGGCUGCUGGAACUGGUCGGGGAGCAGCUGGAAGCCGUGAAUGCGCGGGUGGGCAGAAGCAACGGGCUGGAUGUUCUGGUGGGGACGGCGCUGGCCUCGGUGCACCGCCCCGCGCUGGUGCUGCUGCCCUGGUACGGCUUCUUCUACAUCCUGCUGGUGGCCUCCGCCUUUGCCAAGGUGGCAGUCACCCGCCUGGACGCCACGCUGCACGCCGUCACGCACAUGUGCGCCCACCAGCUGGCGGGCUGGCUGUCGGGCGCGGCGCAGCUCAUGCAAGACACCUCCCAGCUGGUGCUCAUCAUCUUCCUGGCCUGGUUCCUGAUCGGCUGGAAGGCGCAUCUUCUGCGCUGCGUGCUGCCCAAGCUGCAGAGCGACAUGGGGGAGGAUGCUGACCUGGCGCGCCUGCUGGUGCCCCUCAGCAACCUGCUGUCCUGGGCCAUCGUGGCUUGCGCUGGGGUGACCACCUUUGCUGCCUUUGGCAUCGAUGUGCGCCCGCUGCUCACCGUCGGCAGCAUUGGCACGGUGGCCGUCGGUUUUGCGGCUCAAAGCACGAUGCAGAACGUGGUGUCGGCGCUGCAGAUCUACUCGUCCCGCCCCUUCAUCGUGGGCGACCGCAUCCAGCUGAGGAGCCUGGGGGGGUCGGUCAUCGUGGCAGGCAAGCUGGCAGCACCAGGACCAGCGCCAGCAGGAACAGCUGUGCGCUGCACAGUGGAGCACAUCGCUCCCAUGCGCACCGUGAUCAACGGCGGCGACCAGCUGCCGGUGUACAUUAACAACAAGGACGUGAUGAACCUGAUUGUGGUGAACGAGAGCAAGCGGCGGCGCGGCAGCGUGCCGCCGGGCCAGGUCGUGACCGCCACGCUGGCGAUACGCUACCAGGAUGUCGAGCUGCUGCCCCGGAUUGAGCAGGCGAUCACAGAGUAUCUGUGCAGCCAUGCGGAUCUGGACCACAGCUUGGGCGCCCCGCGCUGUGUGCUCUCUGAAUUCAACACCACGGGGCCACAGCUGACGAUUCGGGCGGUGCUGCAGCCGCAGGCGGCCAGUCGGCAGCCCUUUGUCACUGCAGAGCUGCUGCGGGAGGCGGAGCAGAUUGUCAGGGCACAUGGAGCCUACCUUGCCAUCGAGGAGCAGCUGGGCCAGGCCCUCCCGCCCAGCCCACCCACCACUGCCAUCCCGGCGAGCCAGAUGAGGCCUGCCGGCGGCGGCAGCAGGCUUUGA